UUUUUAAGCAAGAAAGCCACCCACUGUAGACAAAAAUACAGCACCAUUAUAGAUUCUCUGAUUUUAAGGCCUUCCAGCUUUUCUUCUUCUUUCCACUGAGUUCUUGAAACAAAAACUCAACUCAUCUUCUCAUCUGCUAUGCUUCUCUUGUUGGCUUACCUUUGAAGAUGGUUCAAAGGAAGCUUGGCAUCCAAGCUGAUCAUGUUGCAUCUGAGAAAGGAUCAUCUCCUUCUCAGAAUCAAGAUAACAUGCACAACAAAGGUGCUGACUUGAAGAAAAGAAUGAAAAAAACAAGAUCAGCCAAGCUUUCGGGUUCCGAGAGCUUGGGAUCAAUACCACCUUCAAGGAAAAAUGAGGUUUUACAGACUGGCAAGCCACCAACUUCUGAUCAUGUCAAAACCAGGGCAGCCACUCCUCUGAGGCAAUCUCCUGUCAAAGCUCCAGAGGAAUCACCAAAUUAUAUGAAGUCUACAAGCUGUUUUGAUGCGCGGAAAGAGCAGUCUCAGGUUAGUCCUCAAACUCCUCAGAGUGUUGUGAUUAGGAAGAGUACUGUGAGUCCAAUGAAAUCAAACAACUCAAGGCAUAGCUCAGAUUCUGAUUAUAAAACAGUAGGAGGGCUAGCUAGAACAUCUAAUUUGAAACUAGUGAGGACCUUGACAAAGACUCCUAGUUUCAAACCAGCAAGAGCUUCCACAAAGAAAUACUCCCCUAUUGCUUUGUGUGAAGAAUUUGAUGUUCAGAAACCAACAUGUUCUUCAACUUUGAAAGACUCGAAAUUUCCAACGUACCUUGAACUUAGCAGUGGGGCGACAGAAUCUGAAGGAACUUCAGCUAUGAAGGUUUGCCCAUACACAUACUGUUCCCUUAAUGGCCAUCAUCAUGCUCCUGUGCCCCCAUUAAAGAGCUUCUUAGCUGCAAAGAGGCGCGUUAUGAAGGCCCAAAAGAUUAUGAAGCUUGGCUGUCUAUCCCCUCGUAGAGCUAAGUCAUCAUGUCUAUCCCCUCGUAGAGCAAAGUCAUCAUGUCUAUCCCCUCGUAGAGCUAAGUCAUCCCGUCUUUCCCCUCGUAGAGCCAAGUCAUCGCGAGAGCCAAUGAUAAAGAUUGAGGCAAGGCAAGUAAUAUUAGCCAAGAUACCUCCAACUAAAAAGAAGGACUUCAGUACCAAGCCAGAGACACCACUGAUGCACGAGAAGAAAACGGAUCACUUUGUUAAUAUCUACAGCAACGAUGGGGAUGGUACUUCCAAGGGGAAUACACCAGAGAGCCUUAUAGUUAAAGCACCAUGCUCUGUUGUUGAAUUUGAGAAUAAUCCAGAUCAAAGCUGUGGUAAAAUUGCAAUGAUGAAUGAUAUCUUGUUUUUCAAUCAGAACGGUGAAGCAAGUGCAGAUAUUCAUCCAGUUCCAGUAGUUAAAGAAGACACAAGACUUGGAUGGUUGAGUACACAAAGCAACUCGGAUGAAGAAAGCCAAGAAAAUAGUCAACAUGGACAAUCAGAUGCUGAUGCUUCUGAUAUGGAGUGGGAAGCAGGGUAUCACUGUGAACCAGAUCCUCCUAAUUUGCCAGUUCUGAAAGUGAAGGCAACUGAUGUCCACAAUGGAUCAGAGUUUGAACUAAUAUCAAAGCCGAUUAAUGAUGUUGACAAUAGCUUUGAAGACAUGCUCGCAGAAGAAGUGGGGGUAGGAUCCUAUGAUGAAAAAAGUGUGAGCUCUGGCGUUUGGUCUGUUGACAGUGAUUCUGAUAUGGAUGGUUUGUAUACAAAUAUGUUUUUCGGUGAAUCUUGUUUGGCUUACAGUGAACAAACUCAGGGAAGGCUUUAUUUGACUACUGAUGCAUUAGAUGAUUCAACAGGUGAAGAAGAUGGACUAAGUGAAUUAAUUGUCACUCUGGGAAAAGAAAUCACAUCCACACAUCACACCGAAGAAUUUCAGGCAGCAAGUGAAGAAAAGAAACAAGUUCCAGAAUCAAGUGAUGAAGCUUCUCAAGAACAGUAUGUAAGUUGGUUGCUGCAGAAUCACAAUUGCAACUUGGUUCAGGAUUUUAAGGAACAAGAUCAGGAUGAAACACAUGAUGAUUACAACAAAGUUCCGAACAACAUGGUGGCCUUUCAAUUUGAUCUUACAAGUGAAAGCAGAUUCAGUAAUGUUGUUUCUGAUGAAAGCUUUCCGGCAAAGACUAAAAAUGAAGAAGCAGGCCAGGAAGAGCAUGACCAGAAGAUUUCUAUUGUUGAGGCCAGAGAUGGAAUAGAGGAAAAAGAAGUUCUUGUCACAGAGUUGCUUCAUGGAAUUCGAACAUCUGAAUCACUGAAAGACUGUGAGCAGAAACAGCCUAUAGCUGAUGCCAAAGAUGGUAUGGAAGAAAAAGAGCAACUUCCUGCAGCCAAGUCAUUUAUUGAAAUUCAGCCUUUUGAAAUACUGCAGGAAUUUUCAGAUCCCAUCCAGGAUAUUAUAGCUGUAAGCAGUGAUCAAAGUAAUCAGACUGAAGUCAGCAUAAAAAGUAAAACAAACCAAACUUAUGCUGAAGAACUGGCUCAAGAUCAAACCGACACUUGCAAGUUUACAAGAUGCAAAUAUUCUGAAGAUCAAAAGCAUUCAGGGGGUACAGGUCUCCGAGCAACUCCAAAUCAAAGUCUAGAGCCUAAUGCAGAAGAAGGUGAAUUCAAAACUGAACCAGAUACAGCAGAAACAAGCUUAAUAGUAACAGACUCAACUAAUACUCAAAAAAGUGAUUGCAUAUCCAAUGCAAGUAGCGAAUCCAAUGGCCAAGCGCUCAAGACAGUGGAAAAUUCGGGAUGGACCUAUGGUAGCAGGAAAAGUGUUGCAGAGUUGGAGGAUAUCCGGGAUUUCAACCCACGAGAACCAAAUUACCUGCCAGUGCAGCCUGAUCCUGAGUCAGAAAAGGUUGAUCUCAGACAUCAGAUGAUUGAUGAAAGGAGAAAUGCUGAGGAAUGGAUGGUAGAUUAUGCACUACGCCAAGCAGUCACCAAACUUGCCCCAGCGCGUAAAAGAAAAGUUUCAUUGCUUGUUGAAGCUUUUGAGAAGGUCUUGCCAACACCCAAGUAUGAAACCCAACCAAGACGUACUUCACCAGCAUUUGUCCACGCAGGAACAAUUCAAGCUUGCAGAUGAUAUCCUCACCACUAAGAUACUGAAGAAUAAUCUUCAAGAAGUGAGAGGUGAACGGAUAAUGAACUUAUUCUGAAAACCAAAUGUUGGUUUUUUCUGCUUAGUAGUGUUAUGUAAAAGUCUGGAGCAUCCAGUUUGAAAGUUUGUGUGCUACAUAUACAAAAACUCUGUUUCUAAAUGUCUGCUGCGCAUCAUGUCGCUGACAGUUAUUCGUGUAAUAUAAGUUUGUAACUUUGUUUCUGAUUGU